UCGAGACUGUUUUCAACUGGGCUGGAUCAAAGCUGUUUGUAAGGCGGAGACAGGACCGGUGUGAAUGUUGUCGAUGUUGUUUGGUAGAGGAUGAGUUGUUCUUGGUUGAUUUCACCAUGGUCGAUGUAUUAUUUUGGUUGUUUUUCUUAAUGGAUGAUUAAUUUUUUAUGGUGCUGUGGUGAUUUGAGGAGGGUUGGGAUUUUUUUAUGACGAUGUAAAAAAUUGUGGAAAAAGUUUUGCACUGCACAUUCUGCACACAUUUCCCGUGUGUACAAAAUAUUUUUAUUUCAUACUGCUGGUAACAGUACUGUGAUGUGGUACCGGUAUGUUUGAAAAACCACUUAGUGUUCUUCAAGCUACGCUUGAAAGCCUGUUAUGUCGUACGAUUCGUAGUAAGGCACUGUACUUUUCGACAGCCCGCAAGGUCCCAACGAAAAAGGCUUUUUGUUUUGGCCUAAUUCUUCUCCCAAUCGUUCUUCGACCAAAGCGAACAUCACAUCACAUCAAUCACAUCCCGUCAUUUCCCGUCCCAUCAAGCCACACCGAGUUCCGGUACCGGAGGCAGCGAUCGAAUCGCCACAACCCUAACGAGCGCGCUUCCGUUCCCACUUGUUCCAAAACACGGAUCCCCGGCUCGAAAACCCAAGUACCCCCCGCCGCCGGUCCGGCUUCGAUACCGCAGCGGAGGCACUCGCAACCGUUCCGCUCGCUGUUUCGGUUCGCCGGUUCCUCCCGUCCCCGAGAUGGCCCCGAGCGGAACCGCCUCCGCCGAAGGCUCCCCCGGCACCACCAUCCACGUGUGCCAGUCGGGAACCUGCCUGAGCAAGGGCGCCGAUGCCACCCUGGUGGAGAUCGAGGAGCUCGCGGGCCUGGUGGGAGGAAACGGAUGCGGCGUGGAGCCCACCGGGUGCCUGGGGUACUGCCGGAGGGGGCCGGCCGUCGCGGUUGCCAAGAAGGGCGCCAGGCCCCGGUACUUUGUCGGGAUCAAGACCCCCGAGAAGAGCGCCGACGUGGUGGAGCGGGCGACGGGGGAAAAGCUCCCCCCGCUCGAGGACCUCCCGGCCGGGGCCCGGGCCAGGAUGGAAACCGCCAGGGCCAGCAAGAGGAUCGAGUACCUAACGUCGGCCUACCGGUGGAACGAGGCGCUGGCCUGCCUGUUGGAGCAGGCGUCGAGGCAGCCCACAAGGGAUCCCGGGCUCGAGCAGACGACCCGGGAGAUCCUCCGACAGGUCGGCUACGGGGAUCUUUCCGGGGGACUCUCGCUCACGGAGAUGCCGGCCUCGGUCUCGGGCUACGUGCCGUGGACGCUCGUUUCCGCGGAGGCCGUCUCGGCGCACUCGGCGGUCUUCCGCUUCGAGACGAGGGACCCCAAGCGCGGGACCCCCCACCCCCGGGGCCGGGGCAGGAUGCCCAAUCCCGUCACGUGGCACACCACCAUGCUGGGGGCCGUCGGGGCCAACCCCGAGGGCCCCCUCCCCUGGAUCGAGCGGGACUACACGCCCAUCAGCAGCGCCCUGGAGUGGGAGAGGGGGAGGUGCUCGAUCCUGAUCAAGAUCUACGGCGACGGCGCUCUCACCCAGUGGCUCGUGGAGCACGCGGCAGGGAUCCUCGGGGGCGGUGGGAGCGAGCCCCCCGUCAGGGUCUGGCUGUCCAAGCCGGUCCCGACCCUCUCGGUGCCCUCCCUCGUCCCCGCCACCAGCAACGGCGACGGAGCACCCUUGCCGGGGAGCGUCCUGCUCCUCCUGGCCGGGACGGGGAUCGUCGCCCUCCCGCAGGUCCUGGCCCACCGGGAGCCCCACCGGUUCCUGGGGAUUUCCACCCCCAGGAACUCCCAGCUGAGGUGCCCCAUCGACGUGGUCCACUCGUGCCGGGAGGACGACCUCCUGAUGCUCCCCUCGAUCGGGGAGUGGUGCCUCGAGGGCACCCGGCCCCACCCGCGGUUCCGGGGGAUCCGCCGGUACGACCUCCUGGUGACCGGUGCUUCCACCACCGAUCCGCCCUUUUCGGGCUGUGUUUCCGCGAGCGGGGGCCGAGACCCGUGGGCGCUGGUGCAGGGCGGCCUCCCCCCCAACGCCACCGUCCACCGUUCGCGCAGGCUGACCGAGGAGAUGGUGGGGGAGGCCCUCGGGCGGGCGGUCCGUCCCUGCCGGGUGGUGGUCUCGGGUCCGGACGCCUUCAACGAGGCCGCCCGGUCCUUCUGCCUGGCGUCGGGACUCGUCGAGCCGGGGCAGGUGACCGUCCUCGCGGCGUAGCGGCGGAUGCAGCGGCAAGGAAGGAAGGAAGGAAGGAAGAGCACGACAUGGUAGAUACUGCCGUACAGCAGAGCAGAACAGAACAGAGCACACCGCCGAAGCCGGGAGACGGGGAACGCCGCGAUCGGGCUCCGCGUCCAGCAAGAGAGAGAGAGAGAGCCGGUGGAAGACCUCCCGGCAGCGGCUAUUUCUCUUGCGCAUCACGUCACACACUCGAUUCCGGAACAAGCGCAAACC